UCAAAAGCUUGGGACUAUUCGUGGCAAUUGAGCCAUGGGGGCUGAUUUAUAAAGUCGAGGCAGAGACACUUUGCCCCCCUAAAUCAGGGCGGAAAAAUAGCCAAGCAGUAGAAAUGUCCAACGGGGAGAAGAACCACUCUGCUGGAACAUGUUCUCAUUCCUCUGACGGUUCCGACGCGCUGGACAUUCCUCGAACUCUGUUAUUCGAACACUUCUUUUUUUUUUUUUUUUUUUUUUUUUUUUCUUCUUUUUUUUCUUUUUUUUUUUUUUUCCUUUUUUUUUUUUUUAAACUUCUGUCCUCUGUGUGUAGAAAUCAUGAUUUGGUUUCUCUGACGAUAUUUGCUUUUCAUGUUCGGUUCUGCAGCGGAUGGGCUGCAGACCAGUUCAGGAGUGGCGGGUCAAAUGCUGCAUCAUUGGGAGAUAAGCAGUCCACGCAAGUGGUGAGUUGUGGGGGAUAAUGUUGGUCCAAAGCAGCUGAAACAGAAGUCGAAAGGGAAAAUAAGUCGAAAUAGUUCAGGAUGUAUUGGCCCGACACUUG